CAGACGUUAGCUGGCUUGACUAGUCUAGUCUUGUUCAUUUCUUUGUACCCUACCAAUUACGCGUGUUAACCUGGCCGCAGGGAAUGAAGCGGGCUUUCUUGGCUUACUAACGACGGUGGACCUACCGCAGAGAAAACUAGAAAAGGAAAGAUGUUUCACAGUACUACUCAUGGCAAACAGGCAACAGUACGACCAUUCAUCAAGCACAAGUCAUGUGCUGUUCCUCUUCCUCCGUCAUCAAUGGAUGACAUCUUCAGCUCACAGGCUUUUCAGGAGGAUUGUGAACAUGGUGGAGAUGAUAAUGAAAUAAGCAUACCUGCAUCACAGCUUAUCAGAGAAAACAAUUUCAAAGUGCCAACGGCUUCUCGUGGGAUUUUAAAAAGAAGUCAUCACACAGUCAACAGGGACCCUCUAGAGGACAGCUUCUUUGGAUCACAGAGUCAGAGUUUAUUUGAUAGAAACAGCCAGUAUGAAAACCCUACAGCGUCAGAUUUUGAUGAUGAUAGCGAUGAAGAGUUAUUCAGCAGUCAGCAACCUGUUGCAAGCCAGCAGCUAUUUUCUCUAAGUGAUGAUUGGAUACCAAGUUCUCAGCCAGUGAGACAGAGGCAGAAGUUUAUACCGUCUUUCACUCCCAAGAGAGUGAGAAUAGCUGAUGAUGCAGUUAGUCACAGAACGAGUAACUCCAGAUUGGAAAACUUUGAAAAUCACAUCAGUCAAACACCAGCUUUGGUAACAGAAAGCCCAUACAGUCCCCUGGAUAUUCCUGGAUUCACAACCCCUGGUGGAACAACAUGUCCUGGCAGCACGCUACGCCCUGUCAAUGAGAUUCCCAAGAAAUACAGAAGUGUGUUUCCCUUUCCGUACUUUAAUAUUGUGCAGUCCAAGGUGUUGGAUGAUGUGCUGUAUACAGACAAGCACAUGGUUGUGUGUGCUCCAACUGGGUCAGGCAAGACAGCUGUGUUUGAGUUAGCCAUCGUACAUUUGCUGAUGGCAAUGAAAAGCAGCGCAGUCAAAGCCAAGAUUGUGUACAUGGCCCCGAUCAAAGCCUUGUGCAGUCAACGAUGUCAAGACUGGAAGGACAAAUUUGAGCCUUUAGGACUGAAGUGCCAGGAACUGACUGGCGACACUGAACUGGAUGACUAUUUUCAGCUACAAGAGAUCAACAUUGUCAUGACAACUCCUGAGAAAUGGGAUAGCAUGACCAGAAAAUGGAGAGACAAUAAAUGUCUGGUUCAGUUAGUGAAAUUGUUCCUCAUCGAUGAGGUGCAUUCGCUGAAUGAGGAAAACAGGGGUGCCACUGUGGAAGCAGUUAUCAGCCGUAUGAAGACAGUGCAGGCCGCUGCGGUCAGAGAGGCAACAAGGAAGGACAGGAAAGAGGAAGAGGACGCACCAGGGCUGAGAUUCCUUGCCGUCUCAGCUACCAUCCCAAAUAUGGAAGAUGUGGCCGCUUGGCUGGAAACUGGCGGAAAGCAUGCAGUUUAUCACAGAAUAGACGAAUGUCAUCGGCCUGUCAAACUGAGAAAGGUGGUAUUGUCCUACCCCUGCUCUGAGCGGCAAUCUGAAUUCCGCUUUGAUCUGUCCCUCAACUACAGGCUCAGUGGUGUCAUACACACUUACUCUGACCAAAAGCCUACUCUUGUGUUCUGUGCGACUCGUAAAAGUGUUCAGCAAGCAGCCGCCAUACUAGUCAAAGAAGCCAGGUUCGUUAUGAAUACCAAGCACCGCCAACGAUUACAGAAGACAACUAACCUGAUCAGAGAAGCAAAACUCAGAGAAACACUACUCCAUGGUGUAGGAUAUCACCAUGCUGGCCUGGAUGCCCAAGAUAGGAAAUUUGUGGAAGAAAUGUUCGUCCGUGGAGAUCUCCCUGUACUCUUUGCAACCAGCACCUUAGCCAUGGGUGUCAACCUACCAGCCCACCUGGUGGUGGUGAAGUCCACCCAGCACUAUGUGUCCGGCAUGUACUGCGAGUACACCGAGACACAGAUUCUGCAGAUGAUCGGCAGGGCUGGGAGGCCACAGUUUGAUAUCUCAGCCACUGCCGUCAUUAUGACCAAGCAUGAGAACAAGAGGAAGUAUGAAGCCCUGUUGAAUGGAUGUGAUCAUAUUGAAAGCAGCCUUCAUAACCACCUGAUAGAACACCUGAAUGCUGAGAUAGUUUUACACACCAUCAGUGACAUCUCCAUAGCACUAGAGUGGCUCAAGUCCACCUUCCUGUACAUCCGCAUCAUGAAGAAUCCCUUCCACUAUGGCAUCCCGGUGGGUCUAAGCACGGAGCAGCUGGAGAAGAAACUACAAGAUAUGUGCAUCAGAAAUCUGAAUCUGUUGUCAAACUUUGGACUUGUCAAGAUGGACCCAGAAACCAUGGAUCUCAAACCACUGGAAACAGGCCGGCUGAUGGCAAGAUAUUGCAUUGCCUUUGACACCAUGAAGCAGUUCAGUAAAAUAUCAGGAAGAGAGUCCAUUGAAGAUCUGAUAACCAUGUUGUGUAAGUGCAAGGAGUUUUCAGAUAUUCAGUUGAGAGUCAACGAGAGAAAGAUCCUGAAUACACUCAACAGAGACAAGAACCGAGUGACCAUCAGGUUCCCCAUGAAGGGCAAAAUUAAGUCUACAGACAUGAAGGUUAACUGCUUGGUCCAAGCUACCCUGGGUUGCCUACCCAUCCAGGACUUUGGUCUAUCUCAAGACGGCACUCGAAUCUUCAGAGCAGGACAGAGACUCACAAGAUGUCUUCUGGAGUAUCUGACACAGAGAAAUGACUUCCAAGUGCUCCUACACGCAGCAGUUAUUUCCAAGUGCUUCAGAGCCAGACUGUGGGAGAACUCCAAGAGUGUGGCGCGUCAGAUUGACAAGAUCGGUCCUGCCUUAGGCACUGCUUUGGUCAAUGCUGGCAUUGUCAACUUCCAGAGACUGGAGAGCACAAACCCAAGGGAACUUGAGCUGAUCUUGAAUAGGCAUCCCCCCUUUGGCAACCAGAUCCUUGAUGCUGUCACUCAUCUGCCUAAGUAUGAUGUCUCCCUUGAGCAGGCUCCAAGGUACAGCAGCCAGUCAGCUGAGAUCACCGUCACCAUCACUCUGAUGAACCGGGCAAAGUUGGCCGAGAAACAGACGGCUAAGCGCAGCCAUGGCUGCCUGCUGCUGAUUGGUGAUGCCGAUAAUUGCAUUGUCUACAAACAGAGAAUCACAGAUAUUCAGCUUCUAAGAGGAGGGCCAUGGUGCAAGAGGAUUGAUGUCAAGAGAGCGAACAAAGCCGAGGAACUCAGCAUCAAUCUCAUCAGCCAAGAUUAUGUUGGUCUUGAUGUUCAGAACACAUACACUCCAUUCUACUCGGGACCCAAACACCUGAGGACUAUGACUACAGACAGUUCUUACAGCCAAUCCGAGAGGGAACCGAUGAAGAACACGAAGCAAGCACUGAAGAGACGUCAGCCCACGGCAUUGACCUCAAUACCAAACCUGGAUCCUCAGUGGCCAGGAAAUGAUGCUGAUCAAAGGAACGAGGAGGAGGACCUGUUUGAGUUUGGCUUCCGCAAACCUUGCAGUCAUCGCUGCUCCAAUAAGGACUCCUGUGCUCACGAGUGUUGUAAGUUUGGUGUUCCCACGAUCCGACAGCUGCCUGCCUCUCAAGGACUUGAGAGGCAAUUGGGUCAAGGCUCACCAACAGCAGCAUUGCCAUCAGCGACAAGCAAAGCACCGAAGCUGUCACGCUUGGAGCAAUACUUCAGUGAGCUCCGUACCAAGACAGAUGGGCUACCACCAACACCAUCAGUGAAACGGAUCAAAGCGGCACCAGGCAACAAGUGUAGUGUGGACUUAGACAGGUUCGCCUUUACACCCAAAUCCAAACCCUCCGUCCCCACUGCCUUGUCUUCGUCCACGUCGACUCCUAACCCGACCCCUCAACCCAACCCCGUCACACCUGCCACCCCAUCCGCCAAGGGUUGGGAGAUGCUGGACUUUUACCAGCAGUCAAGAUGUCAGGAGAUAAGCACAGAUGGAGAGGAUCAGGAGGAACUGGAAGCAUUGGGAGAUCAAAUUCCAGAUCAAACUACAUUAACAUGGCCUGACAACCUGCGGGCCAACACUGACGAUGCCAACAUGUCCUGGUCAGACUCAGACAGAGAGGAGAUGGUGCUAGAUAGAUACAUGCAGGAUGAUGACGGCAUAAAUGCUGAUGAGCUGGCAUCAGAUGAUAACUGCUGGUUAUCAAAUCCUUAUGAAGCGGCCCUUGCAUCCCAGAUCCAACGGCAACCCCAUCACAGUCCACAGCAGCAGCAACAUGUGCACAUCUACAGGCCAGCAGCUAGCCGGUACCGACAACACCAUCACAACCCAGGAGAGAAGCAACUCUGGAGUUACGAAGAGUCAGCAACCAGCCACAAGCAGCAACAGCAGUUCCAGUCCCGGCCAGACAGUACAGCGGUCCACAGACGCAGGGGCCAAGUCUUUGCCUGGAAAUCACCAACAAUUAGCCAGCUCCAGACUGGGGAAGCACCUGUCGUGAUUCCCUCUCCUCCAACUAGCUUCAAUCCACCCUGGACUUCCAACAAUGAAAUGAGUAUGACUCGGGGACUGUCAUCAAAUGCCAGGUAUAGUGCCAAUGACUUUGUGUCAGCCAAGACAGCUCUAGCCUCUUGGCUCCCCUCCGCUUCAGCACAGAUACCAUCAGCUCGUCAAUCAAGGAACAAUAUCACCUCAUUCACAAUCGAUGAGUUGGACAAGGCCUACAAGACACAACACAUGUCAUACAUACCACAAGAACUGCCAACAGUGUCACAUCAGGAUGAGCCAACUGUGUCCACUGAGGACACGCCCAUCAUUGUCUUGUCUGAUGAAGAUACCACCAUGGACAUAAACAAUAGUAGUCAGCCUUACAUCAUGAACUCCAGCUCAGAUGAGGAGUUCCUGCAAAGCUGCCUGGAGGUGGAAUCCCGAAAGGCUAGCAAGGCACGGCAGGACACCCUGCCACCAGCCGGAUCGAUAGUGACCUCAUCCCAGUCCUCUACCUCAGAAACUUCAGAUCACAAGAACCAGUGGCAGUCUCCAGUAGUGGCUGCUGCAAACAAUUUCCAGGGAAGGAAAUGUGGAGAAAACCAAGCAAGACCAGUUAGUGAUACCCCGUUGAGUCCAUCGAGCUCUCCAGAAAUCUGCAAGCCUACUGCAAGCAGAUCUAACCAGUCUGAGAACAGCUCAUCAGGACCACCCACAGCUCAGAGCACCAAGAAGUCUCUGAAUCAUAACUUAAGGCACUCUUCCAAUGCUUGUCUUUUCUCUCCAAUAAUAAGCCUUCCGCGAAGGUUUGUACCAUUUGACAAAUCUUCCAUUACUUCCAGUUGCAGGAAUCCUCCACACCAAGACCCUUCUCUCAGUCAGAGUUUGAAGCACUCAGAGCCCAACUCACCAGAGUGCUGUAGUACAGCACAGAAUUCCUGGCAUCUCAAAUCCCCCAUCCUCACCUCCAGUCUUCAAGAAUUCAUUCAGAAGCCAUCCCUUGGAGCAAGCCCAUCCUCACCAACAAGCAGCAACACAACCAAAUCAUUGACCACCGAGCUGUCUCCUGCCUUCAACUCCAAUCGUCCAGGAUAUUCACAGCUCACCGAGGGGCCAUCUCAUCCAUAUCUUAACCCUCAAACUAGCGGCAUAGCUUCUCCAAAAUCUUCCAGCCAGGGGUCUCCAACCCACAAGGCAUCCUCUUUUUAUCAGCAGACAUCAAACCUCACUCCACAGCCGUCUCUUGCAGUAAGUCUUCGCUCUCCACCAAGCUCAUCAAGUGGUAAGAAACUCUGCAGUCCACUUCUGAGGAGACACAAAACAAGGGAUUUCUUCACCACAAAUCCUGACAAGUCGCCACAGGGUGCCGAUGAUGCCGAAGCCAUAUACGACAAACUUUUUGAAGGAAUAUUCUCAUGAAGUGAGCUGAGGUGACACAGUUUGAAACUACCAAAACUCCACCACUAAAUUUUGUUGCGUUCUCAUCAUUUUCAAACUUGCUUUCUUGUUCAAAAUGUAAAGAAUUU